AUGGCGGCAAAUUCGGCUGUGGAGGUUAUCGAACCAAACAUGCAAGACGAAAUACUCGAAACAACAAGUCCCAUAGCAUCGGGGAGAUUAACUUUAAGUGACACAAAUGUAGCCGAACAAGCCGAAAUUACAAAUGAAAUUGUGGAUGAGGUGGAGGAUGCAGAAAUAGACUCGCUUUUGGAACUCAAGAAGUGCAAAGAAUGGCUUCUUCAACAGAAGAUAAACCAACAGUCAGAGUUGCUUGUUCGUAAGUUCUUAGUCUCUACGGGUUUGUAAAUUUUACAAUGCUUAGCUUGGCAGUAUGUGUCCAAGGUUCCAUCUCAUAGAAUUCUUUACCAUUCAGUGUUUAAAUGAUGGCGGGGCCAUUUCAUCGAUCCCCGUACGUAAUUUGUAAUAGGCUUAUAUAUAUUUAGCUAGGGUUAAAAGCGAAGCUCUCUUUAAUAUUUAUAGCUUACUCAAACAAAAUAUAAUAUAUAGAUCUAGCGCGGAUAAAAGCGAAGCUCUCUUUAAUAUUUGUAGUUUGCUCAAACAAAAUAUAAUUUAUAGAUCUAGCAGGGAUAAAAGCGAAGCUCUCGUUAAUAUUUAUAGUUUGCUCAAACAAAAUAUAAUUUAUAGAUCUGGCAGGGAUAAAAGCAAAGCUCUCGUUAAUAUUUAUAGUUUGCUAAAAAAAAACAAAAUAUAACAUAUCGUAUAAUGCUAAGCGGCGAAGACGACGAGAACGGCGACAAAACAACAAUAGGUCUAAUUGGAAAAGGAAAAACAACUUUGCACGUGCAGCACAUUUUUUUGUACAUUUCUUUGCCGUUGUUUUGCACGACUACAACUUCGUAAUUACACGUUAACACGUUUUAUGGAGGAAAUGUCGUACGUGUUCUUGUUCACACUUUUUUCACCUUGAAGGCCGCUAGCAUUUCUCAUUUUCUCUCCGCAACUACAAAAUUUUCAUGUUGUUCUUCCAACAAAAUUUGUCUCCUUUGCUUUUUUUUAUUUCUUGCUCUAGCUCUCUGUCACUCUUUUUCUCGUUGAGCUUCUCUGGCCUUUCGCCUACUUUCUCUUUUUCUCUGUCUUUGUCUUUCUCUAUAUUCCAAAUUUAUUGACGUGACAAUAAAUCGAAGCUGAAUACUCUAGAAAACACAGACACAAAAGUAAUUUUUGCCUUCUGUUUUUGACUUUAUUGACUCUUUAAUUGUCUAGGUGGCUAUGUGAUUUCUCACCUUGCAUUGCAUUAAGUUAUUUUACAUUGGUAUGCCUGUGGUACAGACGGGUGGGUGAACAGUUACGUGGCAGCAAGUCACUACCAGAAUUUCUCGGAUACAUAGAUAACCAUGCUUUCCUUCGUAUGGUGCUCUGCUGUGCACCUGAGAGCUCCACUAAAAUCGUGUUAUUCCAAAGAGAUGGUGAAGACAAGGAGAACAGUAAAAAACAACAACAUUAGCAAAAAAAAAAAAACAACUUUGCACGUGUAGCCACACUUUUUUGUACAUUUCUUUUCCAUUGUUUUGCACCACUACAACUUCCAGAAACUUCCUAGUUUCACAUUUUUUUAGAGGAAAUAUUGUAUAUAUUCCUGUUCACUUUUUCCCACUGCUGCUCAUUUUUACUUCGGUGGCCGCUAGCAUUUCUCAUUUUCUCACUGCAACUAUAAUCUUUUCAUGUUUUUCGUCCAACAAAAUUAGUCUCCAUUGUUUUUAUUUCUUGCUCUGGCUAUUUCUCUGUUAUAAUCCAAGUUAAAGUAGGCAUUAAAAUUUAGUCGAAAGAAAAACUUGGCUUUGUUCUUGUUUUUUCUCUCGAAAAGUCCUGGUGGUCAUGUAAUUUACUGCCAAAAUGUGCGUGGUGCUUGAAAUGCAAAAUUUCACCCCCAGCUUACAUGCAGUGGUAGACGUACUAACAGAAGUAUGUCAAAUGGAUGAUUUUGUUAGAACCAAAAUUUUUUGGAUACAGCAAUAACCAGAUUUUCUUACUCAUGGUACUCCACUACUUGUGCUUCUUGCGCACAAGAGCUCUGCUGCGAAGUUCCUUCCCAGUUGACGCGAUUCUCUGAAGCAUCUAAAAUAAUACAAAACUUGCAACUGUGAAGGUUGUAAGAUGAUGUAAGACUCGAGACGAGAUUAUCUAAUAGGAUGGAGCAGAAAAUAGACAAGUAGACAGUUAAUGAAGACUUUAUGCCUUUUUUCUCUUCUUUUUAAGGGGUGUCAUGUCAAAGAUUCUUAUCAAGGGGGCCAGGGGAGGGAGUUGUGUGUACAUUGAAAUAAUGGAAUAGCCCUUACAAUGUCAGGUGUGCAUACAGCCACUAAAUUGAUGUGAUAGCUUGAAGAUGAGAUACACAACUGCAAAAAGAGAGGAGCCAACACAUCAAAGUUCCCAUUCAUAAUUUGUAAAGCUGUUUCUCUUUCUUACUUUAAAAUUAUCCAAUACAUUUUAGGGGCCACCCAAACUGUCACUUACUGUCACACACUGUCACAGUUAGGGGCCACCCAAACUGUCACUUAUAAAAGCUGGCAGCAAUUUCUUAUUAAGCAUACAUUAGCAGAACCAUAUUGUUCGAUCAAACUGCCUCAAACACUAUGUAUUGCACAGUACAAAGUGGGUGUGUCUUUUUUUAUGUGGCUUGAUGAACUUCCUGUAUGCAAAUCUCAAACACUUGUUACAAGCUGAAAGUAAUCUUACAGGCCUCAGAUUAACAUGCCAUUUUGUAACAUGUCAUAUUAUGUGAUUUGCAGGUCGUCUUCAACAGCGAGAGGACCUGCAGCCCUCUUCUAAUGAAUCUACUCAAUCGGAUCUUUAUGAAAGGUUAGUAUAUACAUAAUUCAAUAAACGUUGCUUUGGCAAUUGGUCACUGGGCAUUUGGGCAUACAAAACGAUGUGUGGAUGAUUUCUUUGACUGACCACCAAACAAUAGAACAAUGCAAUGAUUUGCUUGAGUGACCACCAAACAACAGAUUCCUGGUGCACAAUUACCAAUGCUCAUAGCAACCUUUAUUGAAGAGGCCGACUAUUAUCCAUUUUAUAUGUCCUGCCACUGUGGGCCUCCUUUGUGGAUUUACAGUAUACCUUAUUGAGAUCAUGUGCUGCAUUGUAGGGGGUGUCAACCAGUGUGCCAGCCCAAAUCUCAGUCAACAUGUUGGUUCCUAUAUUGGUCAAGUAUCAGUUGAGUCUUGGAUGAGUCUCGUUUGAGUGUCACUGGUAGUUGGCCACCAAGGUCCAUCAUUUGACAGUCAGUUUUUUAAUAGUCAUUCGAUACUUUGUCAACAGAUCACCGACAUAUGACCGGCACUUAGUCAAUGUCAUAUUUCAGGCAGCUAUUACAGCUCCUGAAGUCUGUAUGAGGAUCUAUAGGCAAAACUGUCUGUUCGAAGGUCAAUCAUCAUUUUGAACUCAGGAAAUUAUUCUUGUAUCGCUUGUCCUUAAGGAAAGAAUACGUGUAUUACUAGUAAUAACCAAAGGUUACACAGUGUAGGCGACAACAAUCUAAGGUCAAACGCUUUUGCUCCAAUGCAGUGAGUGCUUUGUGUAGGUUUCUCGUGAUAGAUAAUCAAAACAUGCAUGAUCAGAUUACAAGGGGCAGAAGGUCGAAAUGUGCGUGAUCAAACUGCAUUCUGUGCAUUUCAUUCGUUCUUAGUGGAAGUCCAAACAAAUGCUGGCUACAUACAUGCGAUGCAUGCGUAAUAACAACCUGGAUAUUAGGAUUGCGUACUCCUCUUAUUGCCCACAAUUAACAUGAUCAAUGAUCACGAGUAAUUUUUUUGAUAUAUACCAGUAUUUUAGUUGAAUUUUAUUGAAUUCUCUAUUAUCACUUUUCUUUUGUUGACUAACUAUUUAUUUUUUUUGUCACAUCACUGCUUCUUUUUCUGAAUUAGGAUAUCCAAGCUACAAGAUCAGCUCUAUUCUCUGUCCACAGCACGGUCCUAUAAGAAGCUUGUUCUGGACAGGUUGGUUCUAUGAAUCUGUGAUUGUCUUAACAAGUUGAGAAUGAAAUCUUAUAGCAAUUUUUUUUCUGCCUUUACCCUGCUGCUACAGUAUUGCUUAACUCUGCCUUUACUAAAUGUUGUAAAUUCUUGUUGCCUCUUCUCUUAGGUAACUUAUUGUUAUGCAAUAAUUAAUAAAUGAAAACCAUUUGGUUAAAUUUUAUGCAUUAAUUGCCAUUGUGGCAUCUCCUACAUGUGGGAAGUACAUGUAAUCUGCAUUUUCUUUAGGCAGAUACAAAACUCGGACUCAUUUUACCUAAGUGACCCACUUACUAGACAACAAUGAAUAUUUAUUGUUUUUACUAUAUAUAAAUGACUUGGUCCAGUCCAAGUUUUGUAUAUUCUUAUGUGGUAGGCUUGACUUACAGUUGAAAAAGAACAUGUUAUUUAAAACUGUUUCAUCAGUCCUUAAUUUUAAGAAAGCCACAUAAAUACAUAUGUAAUUAAUGAAAUUUUGAUUAUAUCAUGCUCAACUACAGUUCAUUGGUAAAUUAUUAACCAAUGAACUGUUCACAACGUUCAAAAGAAUUCCUAUCAUUUUGAUUGUAUUGAUCAAUAAAAACGUUGCAUUAAUUUAUUCCAUAACAAUUUGCCAACAGAAAACAAAGGAUUGUGCACUUUCAUGGUGCUUUGAACAUAAACUGCAACACUGUUGUUUUUAUCAUUGAUGUUUGCCGCUUUUCAUAACCAGUCUCCUCUAAUAACUAUGAUACCAUAUAUAAAUGAAAGUUUGCAAAAAAGAGAUACAGUACUACUGUGUGUUUCAUGUACCGUUUUUGAAUUAGGAUGAUGAUGCCUGUUAGUACAACUUCACACCUUUCUGGGAGUCCUAACCCACUCUUCUCUUGCUCUCCCCUGCCCCCCUUCCCUUCCACAAAAAAAUACCAUUACCAGUGUGCAUUCUUUACUUCAACCUAGUUAUCCAGGUACUGAUUUACAUAUUUGACAUGUACAUAAAAGCAUUUGAGAAAAAUCCAGCUUGUAUUCAAGUAAGUUAUUGCAUGCAGUUAAGAGUGUAGCACAUCCAAUAUGAAUAUACCAAUGCAUGUAUUUUUUUUCCUGCAGGCUUUUGUGUGGUGAUCAGCUGAUCAAAAAACUGUUUCCAGAUGUUGUCACAGAAUCUCCAACUGAAGAACAUAUUGAAGAAAUGAAGUAAGGCUUAGAGGAGCUUUUUAUUAGUAUGACAAAUGAAACAUGAACUGUGCAAAAAUCAGUCAUUAAUUCAGAUUGUACUAGUUACUGUACUUUUUAUGAAUGAAUUUUCCCUUAAUACUGCAUGCAUCAUACGUGCAUCGCAUAACUGGCACCUUGAGCUUGCAUGCAAAGAAAUGAAAUGCAAAUGCAAAAUCAGUGCAUUGCUUUUGCUUGGACAGAACAAAACUGAGUCCAGAGUAAGAUGACUGGUCUGCUCUUAUGUUAUUGAGUGAAUGUGACCUUUUUUCAGAGCUUUUGCCAGGCUGUGUGAAAAACAAAAUAAACUCAGCACAGACAUUCUGAUAGAACAUGAGGUAAGCUUUAUUUCUUAGAUAAAGUUGAUUAAGAACGUUCAGAACUUUCAUGCUGCAUGAAUGUACGUGCACCCUCUGUAUCUCGAGGUUAACUACUACCAACAAAAAAAAAUAUGAAGUAGGAACUGGAUAGUAGGCUCCUAUACAGAAGUUCUUUUGCUUAGUACCAUCUACUUCGCUGGUAACAAGGAAUAAAAACGUCAUAGCCUGAUGCAGUCCAGCUGUAUGGCGAUCUUCUUUUCCCACCUCUGCCCCUUCUCUGUGCGUGUCUUGUUAAAUUCGCUUUGCUGUUUUAUUUUCUCGUCAGCGUUUCCACUAUAGGAGAGCUUGGCACGGGCUUCGCUAAAGUAAAUGUCAUUGAGUGAGAGAAAAGGGGGCAACUGCGAAUUUUCAUCUUACCCUGUACAAAGGUUUCUUUGUACACAUUCGUGCUGGUGAUAAUUCGGCUUACAUAAGAUAUACUUAAUACAUGCAUGAUCGGCAGCAUCUUAUUGAUCAUAUUACAAAUUUCCCUUAGGCUUUGUUAGAAGCUCAAACUGUGUUAGACAAAGUUAGGCAACAAAGUUAUGGUGAGUAACUUAAGAAGUUAUAGUGAGUAACUUGAGGUACUAAGGGCCAAAUAUUUAAACGAAGUCUAACUUAAGCCGCGGUUUAACGAAUCUUUGAACCUCCAGAUCUCAUCUGGGUUGUUUUAAAAAGACAAAUGCUUUUCUAGUCUUCUCUAUAUGCCAGGGCUCGAAAUUAACGCUCGCAAACUCGCAAAAUGCGAGUGAUUUUGAUAAUCUGCGAGUAAGAAAAAUAUCCACUAGCAAACGAUUGCGAGUUAGAAUUAUCCAUGUCUCCCAAACAAAGGGAAAUAAUUUGCUAGUGGUCUCACCAGUUUGCUAGCGGAAAAAAUGUUACUAGCAAAACUUUGCAAGUGCACUAAAAAGAUAACUUCGAGCCCUGUAUGCUUUCAUAAAACUGUUCACAAUAAAUGAUGUUUAGAUAUAAUCGUUGGGCAAAUUAAAACUGAUGACUUAGAACACGGUUUUGUUGAUCACUGGCUAAACAGCAAAACUCUCUGACACGCGUUAGCGUUGUCAAAACUUCACGUCCACAUUUUAAAGCAGUACUGUAAAGUUUUGACAUGUAUCCUCUUUGAAGAGCGUUUUACUUUUAGAAAAGGUCCGUUUUCGGUGGACAGUUUAUCUGGAUUUAGUGGCAUGAACUCUGGGUCUAAACUAGAGAAUCGCGUUACAUUUUCAUAUUUAUCCGGCGUAUUGUGCAUAGGAUCUAACUCUAUUGCUUUUUGUCGUUCUCCCGGUUGCUGUCGCUGGAGUGGGUUCAGUGCUAAAGCCGUCUACUACUGUUGAAAUAAAUCGGUAAUAGUACCAGUAACUGAUUUCAUCAUCCUUUUGUUUCCAGAGAAAAAGAAAGAGAACAGAGGGCUUAUGAAAUCUUUGCAGGUGAGUGUGUCAUGAAAACAUCUUUUAGAGGAGAAAAUUGUAACUAAAUCAUAGUCUAACCUUCAUGUACGGCUACCUCCCAGAAGCAAAAAAAUUUCCCUAUUGGUCUAAGGGCCUCUUGGUGGGAACUUUUCGUAAACGACCACACCCACUUUUAGGAGCCUAGUGAUGUUUCCAUUGUCUUUAUUCCCCCGUUUGAUCUCUGACUCGCGCGCGUUUGUGUUUCAUCGUUAAACCAAUCAAAUUCUUUUACUCUUGUUCGUUUGUUGUUUUGUUUUGAUCGUGCUUAAUGAUUUCAAGAUCAAACGAAAGUCGCUCUUUUAGGUUAGUUUCGAAGUGUUUUGGCUACUUUAUGUGAAUGAAUUCUACCCCACUUAACGUUAGUUAAAAAGCCGCUUUGAAAAGUGGCAGAAGACUUUCUAAAACCUGUUGUAAAGUGAAACGCGGUUUAAAACCCUUUCCCAUAAAAAGCUGCUCUUGAUUGUUAUAAUUAUUACCAUUAUUUUUGACUACGCACAAAUGAGAGCACUUGGUCUGGAAACAGCUGCUUAAAAGCCAGUCUUUAACUGGGUUUUCUGUUAAACCUGGUAUAAUUGAGCAUGUUUUUGUCGGUUGAACGUUUGAUCAGAAGUACCAUAGCAUCCCUUUCUUGUUUCGCAGAGUUUAAAGGAAGAUCAAGAAGUGGCCUCUUCCUCUAGAACGGACAACGCACAAAUUCAAAAGUAAGUAGGAGUUGGAUAAAAAUAAUGACAAAAAAACAUUGACGUGUUGGUGUACUGUCGCAAUUUGUAAUAAUCUUCGCACUUUGUAAUACCUGUCGCGAUUUGUAAUAAAUCCAUCGCACUUUGUAAUACCUGUCGCAAUUUGUAAUAAACCGUGUCGCACUUUGUAAUAAAAAAGGUGUCGCAAUUUGUAAUAACAGUCCAUCGCACUUUGUAAUAAACUAAGCUGUCGCAAUUUGUAAUAAUUCCAUCGCACUUUUUAAUAACUUUUUGAGAGUAAUUAAACUUACUUCGUCAACAUUAAUAUAACGCCAAAAUAUGCAUGGUACUUCAUAAACAAAGAUGGAGAUGACGUCUGCUAGCACGUAACAUAUCCGCACAUUCAAACAUUUAACUUUAUUCACAGUCCUAAACAUUUUUUUAGAUUAAUGUUGAUUAGUUAUCUGACUUACGAAAUGCUGUAUUCUUGAACCUUGCUAUUGUACUAGGUGGCUUGCAUUCAAUGGUUACCCGGCAGGUGUACUUCCUUAUAUGGCCAAUACGGGGAUGUGCCUCUGGACACAUUGCCAGAGUAGAGGAUCUAGACAGAGCUAGACACACUAGACACAAACAAGCCAUUCUUAAAAAGCAUUUAAUUUCCGCUAAUCGUAACAUCCAUCCUACAUCAUUCGAAUAAGGACACCAGGAGAGUUCAAGCUUUCCUUGUUAGAUCUUAUAACAGGUUGACACAACACGUGGUACACCGUUCUUGUCUAACGAGCAAUCUUAAAGAAGUAAUAGUGGCUUCCAACUUAAUCAAACGAGGCCUGGAAAGAUUCAAAAUGUUUACUGCAAAUAAAAAAAAACGUCACCAGUGGCAAACCUUCGAACCACAACAGAAACCUAACCACAAUAUCAAAUUAGUUGCUGGACAAUACCUUCGUAUGUACCUGUUUUUAUAACACUCAAUUGGGGUCUUACACUGAGCCGGCUGGGCAUUUGGUCUAUUAUUCUCACUUGAUUUGGUCUCAUAUAGGAACAAAAGGAGUAUUCAUUCCAUCUUACAACAAUUCUUUUCUGUAAGGAGUCCUCUAAAACAAAUACCAUAGGGAUGGUAAAAAAUUAUCCUUGCCUACGUAUAUACAACUCGUAAGACCUUGCCAUUCUUCCGAGCGUGUUCUGGAUUAGUGUUUUUCUACAAAAUGGAAAGGAUGGAAUAAAUCAUCCAUUGCUACUUGAGUUACUUUAUCUAAGGAUCAAACCAAAGACACAAGGCCAACAACGUAGAAAAUGAUACCCUCAAAAACCAUACCCUAUCAGGCGGUACUUACCUAUCUAGCCCAUCCAUAUAUGGGAUUAUCCUCCCCCACCAUCCCCCCCCCGAAGACGACGAGGUUAUUCAUGAAUUUUCUGUUGUUAAAUGUUCCCUUUCUUAUUUAAAUAUUUUUGAAUUUAAACGCGAUUCAUAUCUUUUUCGUGAUAUGUCACAGGCAGUUUCAUGUCUUUCAUAAAAUCGUUUCUAGUUAGUUACGUGAUUAAUCCAGGCAGAAAAAUUUAUAGCGGAAGACAUGCAUGUUUGAACAAAGAAAAUGUUACGGACAUGUUACAUGCUAGCAGACGUCAUCAUCUUUGUUCAUGAAGUACCAUGCAUAUUUUGGCAUUAUAUUAAUGUUGACGAAGUAAGUUGAAUCACUUUCAAAAAAUCAUUACAAAGUGCGAUGGAAUUAUUACAAAUUGCGACAGCUUAGUUUAUUACAAAGUGCGAUGGACUGUUAUUACAAAUUGCGAGACCUUUUUAUUACAAAGUGCGACACGGUUUAUUACAAAUUGCGACAGGUAUUACAAAGUGCGAUGAUUAUUACAAAUUGCGACAGUACAGUUGGUCCAAAAAUUAAAGUAAAACCGUUCAGAAAGAGACGACUUUUUACGCAAACGUCACUCAAUACUGAGUGAACUCGCUCUGCUUCAAACUUUAUCCCGCUUAUUCCAUCUCGUUCAAUUGGUCAAAUAUUACUUUUUCUGUAGUUGAAUUCUGAACUGUAUGGAGGUUCAGGAAAAAAAAGCCAACAGUUGUCUUGUGUUCACGUCCUCGGCACAAAAGUGAAAUAAGGCACUUUCACGCCGUAGUCGUACAGUGACGGCGAAGUGUGAUGUACGUGCGAAGUUGUUGUUUUGCUAAUUGAAACCUACUGGGCCAGCUAUUUAAACGGAGUUUAGCCAUUGUUUGACCAAACGGCGUUCUAAGCCAUUUUCAGUUUGCCCAACGCUUUUAUCUUAACACUAUUUAUCGUGAAAAGUUUAUGAAAGCAUAAGGUGUAGACUGGAAAAGCACUUAUUUUCUUCAAAAUAAUAACCUACUAUGGAAGAGAUCUGGAGGUCCAAAGAUUUGCUGAACGGUGGCCUAAGUUAGGCUUCAUUUAAAUAACCGACCCAUUGUUUUUUGCCGUUCUCGUUGCCGUCGCCAUCGUCAUUGCUUAAGCUCCCUAGUAAGUAGUAAGCAGAAUUUUUUUCACUCUUGCUAUAAAUUUGCAGUUAAGCUUGGAUUCGUUUGACAACUGCGCUACCGAGAAUUGCAGCCAUUUGGUCGGUGUGUAAGUCAAAACACAACUUUCUUUGGGUUCCGAUAAGCCCGAAAAUCAGACUACAGGUUAAAGUAGAGGGUUGCGAGAAGGAAAGGAGGAAAGCGAUGGUGCAGCCUUGAUCUUUAUAAUGGCCACCUCGGAGAUGUUUUUUAAACGCAAAAAUUGGUCGAGUGGCAAGGCGUUUAAGGCGAUGAUGAGUUCAAAAACCCUGCUAUCUCUAUCUCAAUUAUUAUAAAUGUCAACGUUUUCUUUUCAGUUCCUUAUUUUGACUUUUAGAAGUAGACUUGUGUUUUGAAAGACUUAAUUAUGGAAAGCUCUGAAAGGGUAAUGAAAUAUAAUGGUUCUGUUGAUGAUGCCUUUGAAUUUCAACUAAACCGUUUCAUGAAUGCCUUUGCAAUACGAAAAACUGUCAAUCACGGAUAGUUUACUUUCACAAGUUCUAGUGGUAUAAUACGAGUACAUUUAUUUAGCGGACAUUUGGGUUCUGUACCUUUAGUGUCUGUAAUAAAAGGUUGCAAAUAAUCGUCGUUAUCAUUAUCAUCUUCACCAGUCCUUUCGUUGUCCCGUGUCACACUCCCAGUGCACGAACAAAAGUUCUCCAUUCAGGCCUACUUCUCUACCCAAAUUCAGACCUUCUUAAAGAGGACAGACUGUUCCGUAAUUGAGCCUUUAAAAAAUUAAGUGAAUUACAGCUUUCUCGUCUUUACCCUGCAAUAAUUUUGAACUUUAGACCUCCCUCUCUUCCAGGUUGAAACAGCAAAUAGCCACGAAAGUAGAAAAGAUAGAUAUCGUAAGAAAUGUUUUCCAGGUAAGAACAGUUAGAGGUUUCCUGUAAGUUGCUUUCCGAAGGUCAGGGUUUGUACCGAGUAUUGAAUUCUGGAAAAAAGUCUGGGAAAAAGUGUGGAAAAUUGAAAUGAAAAAAGUCUUUUUUUUUUUCAAAACUGCAACAAGUGCUUAGUUACUCUUCCACAGCCAAAUAAUUCAAUAGACCAUUUCCGAGUUUGAAAAACCCUCACUUUAAAAACGAGACUAAAUGAAAAUUUUUCGUUGUUAAUUCGAGCUUUAUUUGCGUGAGAAUAAAAAGUAAUUUUCAUAUCAAUGGCUUUGAACUAGCCCUCGCUUUGAAACAGAGGCUUGAAGCUAUUUGGAAAUGGACUAUUGUACAGAACUGUCUCAUAUCUGCAUUGCACGAUGGUUACUGUAUAUUCCCAGUGUAUCCCAUCUCCAUACGCAUGCCGUAGCUACCACUUGUCUACGGUAGAGCUGGCGCUUAACGGAGUGUUUUUGCACUCGUCUCGGCAGUAAACGGCGGGGUCGAUAAGGAUGAUCGCAAAAGAGUCCUAUCGCCUGGGGCUAGGCCAUGCUGAUGAGUCCUGAUGAGGACGUAGCAGUUGUCCAUGGCUGCCACUGCCGGGAUGAUAUGGUUGUGCCAUACCCCGGAGGUGGUACAUGUGCUUCAGUGCUGAAAUUGGUAUCAUUCUGUGAAAUGCCCUGUUCCCGCGUUUGUCGAAUGUUUCCGGAAAAUGAAAUUAUCCUUUUAAAAAAGUCGGAAAAAAGUCUAGAAUUUUGCAUCCAAAGAUCUGUGCAAACCCUGAAAGGUUCGGCUCUAAAAACAGCAACAUAUUUUAAGUGGAAAUAACCAAAGGUUACGGAGUGAGGGCGACAACGAUCGAAGGUUAAAACGCCCUUGUACCCCUCCUUACACCAACGCUUUGCUUUGAGUAGGGUUCACGUGAUAGACGGUCAAAACAGGCGUGAUCGCGUGCAGAUUGCGUCCUGUGCGUUCCAUAUAUUCUCAGUGGAAGUCCAACGAAGCUGGCUUUAUACGUGCCGGGCAUGCGUAAUAGCAACCUGGAGGUUAGUUAGAGUUGCAGGCUCCUCUUGUCCCCCGCACACGGUUAUGCAUUGCAAUAAGCAUACAAUUUGAAAAGUGAUAACAGUAAUUAGAUAAUUUUUAUACGUAGAGACAACGGAGUUGCCUCUCUUCAAAAGAGAUUAGCCUAAAAGGUUUUAUCUGGAGAGCUUGAACUACCGUCUGGUAGGGAUAGAGUUCUUUAACAGGACGGAAAUUGUCAUUAGUGAUAAACUCUCCUUUGUCGAAUGACCCCUCAGACAGAGCCGCAGGUAACCGUCGGUCAUCGGACAAUAUUCGACUAAACUAUUCCCAGUAUCCAGAAAUAUCCUUACCGUAGUUAGAUAGAGAUUAAAUUCCAAAGCUGAAGAUCUGUAGAGUACAUCUGCUUAAAGUGAAGAGUUAAAAGUCACAAUAAUGAAUGGCCGGCACACUUUGACCUGAUUUUUGAUUUGUCCCGAUAAAAUGGUGACCUGGUCGGACAAAAAAAAAUUGCAGUCCUGGCCUCAGCUACACUUGGCGGCACUUUGCCCUAAAAAGCCUCUCUGACCUUUUCCAACCUACAAAGGGGAAAUAAAGCUUUCUCUCCACCACUCCCUCCAUGCAAUGUUAUGUCGCUGUUCGAGCAUCCUGUAGAAAACAACAAAUACCCCAACUUUGAAUGGAGGAGACGUGAGGUGUAGAUUGUUUUGUUCUCCGAAGUUACCCCAUUUGAGGACAAUUUCUCAACAACAAUGUCGCCGACAGCAAGUUCUGUUAAGGGGUUCAUGUCCUUUAAAAUUAUGAUUCUCCUAUGUAGGGAGCGGCGUCAUUGACUUGAUGUUUGUUUUUCAGGGGGUCAUCGUCGGUAGUGGUCUUGACUGGGCGUCUGACAACGACAUGAAGCGACUUGUUCUCAGUCUUGGAGAGGUUUUGGAAUUCGCUGCGUAACGCAUGCGCCAAUUCAGGAGGAGAGCUCAACUGCCAUCUACCACAAGUAGGAGAGAGGAUCAUUUAUGAUACACAUACCUAGCCUUUCCCCAAAGCUGAGAGACGUGGACUGUAUUUACCAAACUGUUUAAACUGUGGGAUCUGGGACUUUGUGACGUAAUGGACUGUACAUCAAACACUAAAGUGGAGCCUCGAUAACUAGAAUUCCCCGCUAACUCGAACUAAGUCCCAUUUCCCUUGGAUUUCAUCCCACUUUUCAGUCAGUUUUACUCCGCUAACUCGAACUAAAUUCCCUUUCACUUAUCAAAUAUUCACUGAAAUUUACGUCAGCAACUCAAAUUUUGUGCAACUCCACGCGAAUGCCAUCCAUUAGCUGCCAACACUCGUCAACAUUACAGCAAUCUGAUUUUAAUUGGUGCAAAAAACGGAUCACCUUUUAUCAUAAAAAAUGCCUUAUGAAAUAAGUUAAAUUUUCACUGCACUAUGCACUGAAGGGCUGAAAAAUCACUAACUACUCUCAAGUUGUAACGUGGCAAAUUGAAUUUUUCAGUCGACCUCGAUAACUCGAACCCUCGCUAACUCGACCUGAUUUUCGUUUCUCUUCAGAGUUCGAGUUACCGGGGUUCUUCUGUGGUCAUGGAAACAGUGUUUAAAUUGUCCUCAAGUUGUUUGACCCCUGAGACUUGGCGGGGGAUGAACAUACUUAAUGUCAUGUGUGUUGUAUUCUCUGUCAUGGUAAAAGAAUCCAUGUCUCACACCACUCGCUGUUAGCUAUGUAUAGAGCGUUUUCAAUCAGGUGACCAGCAUCUAUGCAAAUUUAUUGAAACAAAAGGAAGAGUUUACAUAAGAGAAGAGUUCAACUCCCACAGGAUUUGUUUGGUACACCAACAUGGCCGCCCUUUUAUUGUUUUGGAACACCAAUAUGGCCGCCGUGACGUCAUGUGAAAACGCUCUUUAGGGACAAUGAAUUUAAUUUACUAGUUUGUUGAAAGAUUUGUCGUCACGGCUGUUUGAGAGGGAAAUUUAAAAACCGCUCAAGAGAACCAAGAAAUUCGGGCUUACAACAAUAAAGCAGGCUGCAUCAGCUGAAAAAAAAAACCACGGUAACUCGGAAACUACACUUUUCCUUACUAUGUGAU